AUGAACGAGAUCUUCCAUCAUUCAGCGUUUAUGGACUCAGCACAAAGUCUACGACUGCUUUCGAUAGAUGGUGGAGGGAUUAAAGGUUUGACAGCGCUCAUCAUCCUCAGACGUUUGAUGCGGACAGUCAAGGUCAAGUUAGAGCUGGCUCAAGAUCCAAAACCAUGCGAAUACUUUGAUCUUAUUGGCGGCACUUCUACCGGCGGGCUCAUCGCAAUCAUGCUUGGCCGCUUAGGACUCACGGUAGACCAAUGUAUAGAUGCCUACCAGGUUCUUGCACAAGCCGUUUUUGGUCACCGAUCUUAUGGUGGUAUCGUGUUGCAGGGAUUGAGAAGCAAGUCUGUGUACUCCAUAUCUCGACUUCAGGAAGCGAUCAAAGAGACUUUAGCGAGCUACGGUGAAGAAGAAGAGGCAGCCCUCAAUGAUUCAGGGUCCCACGGAUGUCGGAUGUUCGUCUGUGCGAGCAACCAAGUCACCUCACAGUAUGAGCUCAUACGCAAUUAUGUCAGCAAUGCAGCAGACCAAGAAAACUACGAUUGUACAGUUUGGGAGGCGGGCUCUGCGACAGCUGCGGCACCGAUGUACUUCGACUCUGUAACUUUCGCUAGGUCGCGUACUGAGUUCACCGACGGUGGUCUCAACAUCAACUGUCCCGUAAACGAACUUGUCAACGAAGCAACGCGCAUCUGGCCAGCGAAGGAGAUUGGAUGCUUAGUGAGUCUAGGGACUGGAUGGACUCAACCAUCGGAGAUACCCAAGAGAUUAGACAAGUUCUUGAUUGGAAGUGUCAAGAUGCUCACAAAUGCAGAAAAAUUAGUCGAAACUUUUACGAAACAUCCUAUUGGGCGGGAGUUGCUGAAAUCGAAUCGAUUCUUCAGAUUUAAUGUUGAGCAGGGUAUGGAUCAAUUUGAAUUAGACGACUGGAAAGAGCUUCCGAGGCUGAGUGAGCUGACCAAGUUUUAUUUGGGGAGAAGCGAAAAAGCAAUGGCUGUAGAGCGUUGUGCUGCAGUACUCAUCGACCCUGAUAGGCAGCAAGUCAUGUCGAAACCCUCUCUUCUCCCUGUCGAGUUAAACCCGAAUUUCGUACGUCGCGAAGUAAUCAUCAGAACCUUACACAAUUACUUCAAUUCUCCCGAGACACAUUUGAAGCGCUUCAUCCUCUGGGCUGAUCGAUUAGAGACUUUCUAUGAGGACUACAGAAAGAUUCUUGGUAUACUUGAUGGCUCUCAAAACUCAGAUUACGACGAUCUUAGUCCUCUCGAAGUUCUCAAGCAAACUCGCGAAGCCCUCGAGAGGAGACCAAAGGACUGGUUUCUUGUGAUCGAUAAUGCAGAUACUUUUGAUCUCUUCCAAAAACAAGAGAACGAUAUAUGUUUGACAGACUACCUGCCUACAUGUGGGCAUACCUUGCUGACCUCGCGCGACAAACGGAUGGUAGGUGAGUUAGCAGCAUUUGAGAACAGCCUUCGCGUGGACGCUAUGGAGCAGCACGAGGCGGUACAAUUACUCCGAAAAUCAAUCAUCGAAGGCCUUAAUCCCGACUGGCCCAAGGCUCACAACCAAGCUAUCGAGCUUCUUGAGCUUUUGGGCCAUCUACCGUUAGCGAUCACGCAAGCUGCCGCAAAUAUGAGAGUAAGAUCAAUAGACUUUAGCAGUUAUAUAUCCCAGUUCAAAGACCGCAAAUCCAGGAUCGGCUCGCUCCAGAUAAACGCCACAAUACCAAAGGGCACACCACAGUCAGUUCUAGUGGUAUGGGAGAUGUCGUUCGACAAUAUCUCAAACUUCGAUACAGUAGCCAUCACACUACUUUAUCACAUGGGGUUUUACUUUCGGUCAGACAUUCCAGAAAGGAUACUAAGGAAACUACCUGACAUCAGCAAUCUGAGCGAAACCCGUUUCAAACAAGCACUGGAUCGGCUAUCAGACUUCGCUUUGAUCGAUACAUCUAACAGGGACCAACAUUCAUACUAUCAGAUUCAUCCUAUGGUACAGUUAUGGAUAACGCAACGCAUCUCCAUUGAAGAAAGACUCAAAUACUUAGGCUGCAAUGUAGCUCUGUGUGUACGCGAACUUCCACCCUACCCAACUUCCUCGAAUAAGGCUAUCCGUCGGGUUCUGGCACCACACGCUCUGGAGCUGAGUGAACAUGGGCAAGAGUUGCAGAUGUCGAAUGAGCCUUUUUGUCUAUUGUUGCAUACACUGAUCAGCUACCUGAAAUUCAAUGAUUGUUCGCGGUCUGCCUUGCAGCUCAAUCGCCAUGCUUACCAAUUGACUUCCACGUUAUGGAAAGGGCAGCACUCUCUACUUUUUAUUCUCGACUUAGAGGAGCUUUCAAUCCUAACCUCGUUGUGCCUUUGGCAAGAAGCUGCGGACUGUGGUUUGCGGAUGAAACAGAAAUGGGAGGCCUAUGAUCUGAAUCCUGCUUGCAAGCCAGCUCUCGAUCACGAUUUGAUUCUUCCCAUGAAGAUGAUAGGCAGGGAAGAAGAGGCAUUAGGCUUCAUAAACCAAGGCGCCCAUACCAGGAUCGAGAUGAAACCUAGCGCUUCUCCCAAAUCCACCCUGAGGCUUGAGGCUCAAGUAUCUAAAGGGUCUUCCAAUAAAGACACAACCUCGGUCUCGAAAGAGGAUGACCUUACCACGUAUGACUCUGAUGAAUACACUGGACUAGAGAAAAGAGCGGAGCUGUUGAGAAAGGAAGGUAAGACGGAAGAGGCCUUCCAUCUCUAUACGAAAGCCUUCGAGCGAGCGAUACAAACAUUCGAGCCGUCCUCUCAUAUCACGUUAGGUGCAGCAGUACAGCUCUGUGCCACGGCUUCCUCCUUGCAUCGCUAUCGCGUCAUAGAUGUCUUGGUCCAGCGAGUCGAGUGUUUGGUGCAGCCUGACAAACUGGAGGGAGUGUCCUUGUUGCAAUAUGCUCUAUUAAUUCUACAGUGGAGCAUAAGCCUACAACAUCGCAGGAAGUAUCAAGACGCUGUAAAAGCCCUUCGAUCGAUCACCCAGAGAUGUGAUCAGCUUGAAGUGCCCGAUCCCGACUCAAACAUUUCCAUCAUGCUAUGGUUUCAAUACGCCCUUGCCUUAGGCAAUGCCGGCCAAAAAGAGGCAAUGGAAAAGCUCCGCCAAAGUAAUCCAAAGAUAGCUCAAGCGGAAAAACUAUAUGGCAACAUCGAAGACUUAGUGAAAAUAGAACCAGAGAUCAUUCGCACAUAUCAUACAGGUCUCACAUUACUCCUUACCGGCACUGCUCGCGAAGGGGAAUGGUGGGACAAAAGCUCCCAGCUACUCAAGCUUGGAGAAGAGCGGUAUGGCAACCUUGAAGACCAGGUGAAGAUGCACAAGGCCAAGGGCAAUGUCGAUGCUCCUAAGCAAGGACCUUUAGAUAGUUCUAGCCCCGAAACACCAGUCAGGGCCGGAAGUCAGGAGCUCACCAAGAUUCAACGGAGACUGGGGGAUUUCCUGGAUAAGCUCACGCUCCGGUCGAGGGCGAGUAAAGACAGGAGGUUACAAGGGAGUGAAAAGGUGAGGAUCCUUGAAUAG